GUUAAAUCGAUCACUCAUUUGGCGCUGGACUUUGAAGACAUCGAAUCGAAUUCGAUACAUAUAUACUGUACAUACACACCCCACCACACUCACUGAAAAAACCCUCAAAAAAUAAGAUGAUGUCAAUCAUCAUUUCUUCCGUGAUUGUUGCUCUAGUUGUUACUUUAUCACAUAGAUUCAUCACAACUGAUGGUGAUUUCACAUUGCUGUUAAAAGGAAAAGUAAAGCCCCAAACUUUUCAAGAUAAGGUUGUUUGGAUUACUGGAGCAAGUCGGGGAAUUGGUGAAAAUCUUGCCAAACAACUUGCAACUUUAGGGGCCAAGAUAAUUAUUUCUGCAAGAAACGUGGCAGAAUUAGAAAGAGUUAAGAAAGAAAUUUCUGAUUUGAAAUUAGGAAAACAUGGACCUCAAGUGGUGGAGAUAUUACCUCUCGAUUUGACUUCCGGUGAAGAUGCAAUCAGAGAGGUUGUUGAUAAAGCCGAAUCAUUAUUUGGUGCAUCUGGUGUGGAUUAUAUGAUCCAUAAUGCAGCUUUUGAGCGACCUAAAUCAACAGCACUUGAUGUACCCGAAGCAAGUCUCAAGGCUACACUUGAUGUAAAUGUUAUGGGGCCGAUAUCUCUUACACGACUGCUGCUUCCUCACAUGUUGAAGAGAGGUAGAGGACACUUUGUUGUGAUGAGUAGUGCUGCAGGUAAGACUCCUGCACCUGGGCAAGCGGUCUAUUCUGCAUCAAAAUUUGCAUUGAAUGGCUACUUUCAUUCCUUGCGGUCUGAGUUUUACCAAAAGGGAAUUAUGGUAACAGUUGUUUGUCCUGGGCCAAUAGAGACAUCAAAUGUACCUGAUACAAGCACCUCGGGGCAAAAGGGAUUAAAGGAGAAUAGAGUAUCAUCAGAAAGGUGUGCAGAGCUUACACUAGUUGCAGCAAGCCAUGGUUUGAAGGAAGCUUGGAUAUCAUAUCAGCCUGUGCUCGCUGUUAUGUACCUGGUGCAAUACAUGCCAUCUGUUGGAUUCUGGCUAAUGGACAAGGUUGGGGGAAAACGAGUAGAAGUAGCUGCUCAAAAAGGAAAUACAUACUCGAUAAACCUGCUCUUUGGCCGAAAGAAGGAAUAACUCUUUUCUAUACUGUGGCACUAUACGUUUAUAGUUCACUGCCUUACUAUUUAAUGGACUUGUACUAAUAAUCCUCAUUAAUAGUAAGGAAAGUUAUCUUGGAUUCUUCAGUAACUGUCAGGUGAGUCUCCAUUAUAGACUGAUGUUAGAAGAUUUGGGAAAAUUCUGAGUGUAUGUGUGUGAUACCUGUCCUUCAACGAGAUAAAGCAUAGGGACGUAGCUAAGCUGAUACUUUAAACUCACAGUCACAAAGCUUUUACUUGGGUUUAUAGCAUAGCCUUCACCACUUUGUUA